AUGUCCUACCUUUACGGCGCAUCUCCUUCAGCGUACCCUCCACCCGCAGGAGGAGUGCAAGCAACAAACUACGGCGCACCUCCGCCUACCGCUAGUAGUAAUGCGUAUCCUCAUUCACCCUACGCAGUGCAGGCCGCCGCUCCACAUUCGCCCUAUGUAGGUGCAGGCCAGCCUCAACCACCAGCGGGGGCCUAUCCACACUCGCCGUACGCUAGUUCGGCGGGAUCGACUACGCACGCGCCAACGACGCCCGGUGGAUAUCCUAAUGCUACAUCGCCGAUGGUUGGAGGACAGAUGUACUUGCCCCCUGGUGCUCAACUUACUGUCGGUUCUGGUAUGACCUCUCCUACUAUGUCUGCGCAGCAGUCACAGCCGUUCACUUCGAACGUCCAACCUGGUGCGGUAACUUAUACGACAACGACGGACGCUCAAGGUCGCAUUACGUACCAUCACUUUAAGGCAGAACCUUCGACAUACAAAUCACCGCAAGGUGUAACGUACACUGGCAUACAAUGGGUCCCUACGGAGACUUCAUUCCAUCCACCUGUUGGUAUCCCUCCAGCUGGUCCAGACGUCAUUGCCUCGUUCCGAGGCCAGUUUCCUGCUGCGCCUGGAGCCAAUACUCAAUUUGGAACUGCCUCCGUAAUGCCAGGUUUGGGACCCGAUUAUCGGGAUGACGCCUUUAAGUCUCCGAGAGAAUUAGAAAAAGAAGAGAAACGCCGCAGGAAGGAAGAGAAGAGGCGUAAUGCGGCCUGGGAGGCCGAGCGUAUUGCGCGCGAAAAAGCAGAAGAUAAAGAGAUGCGCAAGGCUGCUCGUGAACGCGAUGCCGAACUGGACCGUGCAGCGCGCAUGCGUCGUCCCAGCUACGGAGCCGGACUCGGCGCAGGACUCGGCGCAGGUGCAUAUGAUCGCGAACGAUCUCGCGAACGCAGCAGUGACCUCCUCCGCGAGAGGGAGUUCCGUGAUCGCGAAGAACGUGAACUGGAGCGCCGUAUGGGCGACCUCGACGUCGGUGGUCGUGGAAGCGGCUUUGGGGGCGGAGACUACGAAGCGGGUUAUGUUCCGCCUGCUGCUCCUGGGACACGUUCGAGACGCCAGUCUGUGUCUGCGCGGGUCGCCCCUGCUGCCGGUAUUUACGACGAUCCGCAAUACGAUCGCGACGACGAUGAGUAUCCGACUUACGGAAAACGUGAUGCAUCCCGCCACCGUUCAGGCAUAUAUGCUGCUCCUGAGAGAAGUCGCCCAAGCAGUAUCUAUGGCCCUCCAGAGCGUGAACGCGCUGGUCGUCCGACUAGCAUGUACGGUGCGCGCGAUCGUUCGCCAUACCGUCGUGAUGCGAGCCCACUUCCGCCCAGUUUGGGCCCAGGCGGUGUAGAAGUAUACCCACCAGGUCAUAUUUACGCUGGGCAACCCGUCACGGGAUCCAGCUCCGGGUUCGGGGCUGGUGGACUCGGAGGAGCUUCACCUCGUCUCGGUAUGGGAGGCGGAUUGUCUCCCCGUGUUGGCGGUGGUGCCAUCCCUGGUGUUUCCCCACGCAUUGGAGGCAGAGCCGCACUUGCCGGAGGUGGUGGAUACGGCGCUUCGCCGUCUGACCUCCUCUCUGCGCCAGAUGCAUUCUCUCGCCCGAUUAAUUCUGCGCAUACGUUCACUCCGUUCAAGGAUAUUCGCAUACAGUCCAUGGACUGUUUCUUGGAGCACCUCCUCUUUCCCAUGCCAGCUGUGCUCGGGACGCAUGAUGUGCUUUCGGAGGAUUGGGGUAGGCUUAUGAACGACCUCAAACUUGCCUGGCAAAACCGACUCCCGCUCCCCGCCGAUAAGCCUACGAGGCGCUCCGACCUCGUCAUCGACUUGCUCGAUCUCUGGAACAGCGCCUUCUUCAUCCCGCGCUGCGUCGAACUCGUCCUCUACAAGGGACGGAACCAAAAGUCCGGUCGGGGCGCAAACAACCCCGACACUCGUCUCGCACCCGAAGAGCUCGUUUCUUCGGACUCCGAUGACGAUGACGAUGAGACUGAUGAUUCGGAGGAAGAGGGUGGGUAUGGGGGUCAGUAUGAUUCGUAUGGGAGACAGGGGCACGCGUCGAGGAGGGAGAUGGCGAGGGCUGCGAGGCAGAAGGUUAAGAUGGAGCGGAAGGUGCAGAGGGAAAUUGAGAGGAAUAAGAGGUAUGCUUUGUGGUUGAGGUAUGUUGACCCGAGGUCGAUAUAAGCAGCUGAUUGCCAGUGGGCAAAUUAACCUCGUUUCUUGAGAGAAGACGACCUGGACAGAAGGAAUAAUAGAUAGAAUGAACAAAUGCUGAACUUCCGAACUUUCUUCUAUGAUUGACUAUAUGCGUGUAUUUCUUGCUG